ACAGCGUAAUAAUUGAAAAAAUUGUGCGAGGAAGGAAAUGCAACGAAUUUAAAAAAAACAAAAGUAUUGCACUGUUAGUGAAAUAUUUGGGAACUAACGUAACGAUUGUUAUCUGUCUCGGAAAGGUAGCACACUACAUAAUCAACGGAGACUGCCCAAAAUUGAGCGUAGUUAAUGCAAGUUACGAUUGAUGGUAUCAUAGUUGCCAAAUGUAGAUUACCGAAAGAAAGUCUACGUAAAUUCUUCUCCGAUUUUAUUGUUAUUACUGAUAGAAGUAUUUAAUCGAAAUUUUUAUAUAGAUUAAAUGUUCGUGAAAAUUUCAAGUGAAACAGUUAUUUAGCUAAUAUUGACGUGCAUAGAUAGUGCUACAUAAUGACAGUGAUGUAUAGAAAAUAAAUAUCUCGAGAAAAAUGACGUGGUGAGGAGAGCUUUAUCGUUUUACGAAACCAUCGAAGGAAUUGCAAGGUAUGAUGGAAGAAAGUGCAGGCUCCGAAAAAGUUUGGUGUAAGACUAAAGCAGAAGAGCAGAGUAGUUUGUAUCAUGGGGAAUCUGCAACUCAAUCAAUGGAAGGAAAUUCCACUUCUUUAGCUGAUAUAUUUGAUACAGCAUUUACAUCUACAGUCGAUCCAUCUCCUCAGCCAAGAUUUAGUACAGGAACUGAAAUGGAUUUUGAACCUUUAUUUGCAGAAAGUGAUAUAGAAGAAUCUGAAGUAACUCCUAUUAAUCCUGACCAUAUAAAUUAUGAUAUAAGCCAACACAGGCACGAAAGAAGCACAAAGCAUCAGGAAUCUCAUAGACAACAGUUCAGAAACAUAUAUGGAGGAGCUUGUGGAGAUUACUGUAAAAGAUAUUGGCAUCAGCGACUUCCAUCAAAGUCUACGAGUGAGAUUCAUAAGUCAAUAAGUGAUCAACAAGCUGAUAGUUUAAGUAUAGCUGGCCCAUCUAGACUCUCGGAUGGUGUUCCUAAUAGCACAAUUAGAUCAACAACAAAUAUCGGAAAUAUUUUGAAUCGAGUUCCGCAAAACAUUGAAAAUGAUAGUGCCAAUGAAGCCAAUACAUAUUACCACCAGAUUUUGCCAAACACAAUUAAUCCUCAACAAUAUUCUACUUGUCCAAUAAGUAAUGAUGAUGCACCAUCAGCACCAGACUUACAAUUGGAUUGGUCCUCUAGUAGUGACGAUGAAGAUGGUUCAGUUUUAGUUCUUGGAACAGUAAAUCACAAUAGUAAACAGAAUUCUGUACAAAAUAAUGAAGAGAAUAAUCGUCCAGUAACUGUCGUUGAUUUAACCGUGGAAUCCGAUGAAGAACAUGCUCCAUCUACAUCGACAAAUCCCGUCGUAAAUCCACGACCAGCAGAUUAUGUACAUAACGAGAAUAACUUCUAUUGUAGGCACGGUCCGCCAGUUUUACCUGUAAUACAUAGUCAAAUACCACCUGGUAUUGGUGGAAUACAAAGGUCACGUAUGCAUCCUCGGCAAGAAAAAUUAUGGAGGAUUCAACAGGACAUACAAGAGUUACGCAGGCGACAUUUUUAUGCACCAUCUUCAUCGCAUCACCCGAAUACUAUGCCAUGUGGCCGGCAUAUGCGUGAACCGGACUACCUGCAACAUAGAUUUAACAGCGGAAAUGCCAAUCCUUCGAACAAUCGUUGUAACGGGUCGGAAAAUAUGGCAUUUCGAGAACAUUAUCUUCCAAUGGUCCCACCUCCUCGACAUUAUUACCCAUAUUAUUCACCACCGCCUCCACGACGUUAUCAUGAUCCAGGAGCUCGCCCAACUUGUCCUUUGCUACGAGCAAUGGAAUUCGUUGUAGUAGAACCAAGACGACAUGAAAUAAUGCCACCUCUUCAUCCGUUGUCUAAUGCUGAUCGUGCCCAUCAGAGACGCGAAAUAUUCCAGCAUGAUAUCAUUGUUACCAGUAGGGGUCAUGAACCGCGCCUAUGGCCAACGAGGUUUGAGGAAGGGUUAUCAGCAUUGUCACCUUGGAUAUCAUCCGUGCCACCUUCACAGAGUCUUGAAGAUUACAUACGACACUUGGGUCAUACUAAUUUCGGAGCAACACAGGAGUCUAUUGAAAGGAAUACAUUCCCCCACAAGUACAAACGGGUUAAGAAAGUUGAAAACGGUGAAAGUGCUCUUGAAAAAUGUACUAUAUGUUUGUCCGAAUUUGAAGACUGCGAAUGUGUCAGGAGGCUUCCAUGCAUGCAUUUAUUUCACAUAGACUGCGUCGAUCAGUGGUUGCGUACUAACAAACGCUGUCCUAUAUGUCGGGUGGAUAUUGAAACUUUUCUACACAAGGAGCUUGCUGCAUAGUUUAAGGUCGACUUUACCCACCUAUUUUCUUUUUUAAAUACGAGCAGGUAAUAUCCGCAUUUUAAGAAAAAAAAAACACUUUAAGAUAUCCUAUCCAUGGGUAAACAUUUCUCUGACGCUACUAUGAAUGUUGGUGUAACAAAUUUUACUGUGAAUAAUCAAAAAUAUCGAUAACUGAACAGAACUAAGUUCCUGGAGCUGUAUAGGAGAGGUUUUGUUUUAACAUUAUUUUUUUCUUACAUCCGUUUCGUGGGUAUUAAUGUUAAUGUUGUACAUAAGAAACGUUAGAUUUGUUCAUUGUGCGUUUAUUGUAAUAUUCAAAUUUUCAUUUUCUUUCUUUUCCAUGUUUAAUCAUAACGAUAACAGAUGGGGCGUUUGAAGUAGUAAAAUGUUUUCUUGACUUUUUGUAUCCUGCUCUGUUCUAUUUUGUGUGAGUAAGGGAAGAAAAUGUUACUUGCUAAAAUUUCUCAAUGCCAUUGUCGACAUAGCGCAACAUUUUUGUUCAAUUAUGAAAGGGAAAGAAAAGAUCGUAAACUAAUAUGAGUAUUAGUUUAUGCAAAAGUAUUUUAUCCAUGUGUUAUUCAAUUCUACUGGGUGCUAUAUCAAUAUAUGUAUAUAGUCUAUAAAGUCUAUAUACACUAAACGUAUUUUAAUAAUUUUUGAAAUUGUUAAAUACUACAUAUUGAUAUGUAAGUAACUUCCUGUGAGGCUAUGUAAAAUUUUCAUAAGUUUUUAUAUUAAACGAGCUUUUUAACAAACGUGUAUCUGAAUAAUUCUAGGAACGUGUAAUCAAUAAAUAUUUCACGAGGUUUUGUUGAUGAUUACUAGUACCGAAGCAAUGACUUUUUGUUGUCUUUCUUAAAUUGAACUCUAAAGAUUUUACUUAAUGAAUAGGUAACUUGGGCUUUUUAGUAACAUCAAAAUUGUCGAAAGUCAGGUCAGAAAUAAUCGAUGGAGCAUAAUGAACAAAUAAACAAAUACCGUAGAAAAAUUCUAAAGAGUAGGUAUAACUAACAGAAUACAUACUCUUAUCAAUACGCCUAUGUGAUGCUACUGUGUACUAUCAUUGUAUAUAUAAUAUCAACAUAGUAAUAUUAAUAAUAUAUUACGUAUACACACUACUAUGCAGUAGUAUUGCAUAGAAUAUUUUCUAGCAGUACGUUAACUAUAAGUAGUGUAAUUUUAUAAUCCGAGAUCAAUAUCUAAUUCGAUUUAUUCAACAAUUAUAUAAAAAGCAACAAAAAAAAAUAAUACAAUCUUCACCAAGUGUAUUUGCAAUCGAAAAGAAAGAAAAGAUAAAAAAAUCGAACGGACUAUUUUCACUUGUUUUUUGUACAAACGACAUACAUAGAUGCCUUUUUCAAAGAGAAGAUAUCUGAUAAAUGAUGCCCUUGAUUUUUAUACUGAAAGAAAAAAACAUUGACGUGAUCGAGACGAUCUCGACCCGUCGUUAGCAGUAAGUAUCGUGUUUAUGUGAUUUUCUGAGUGUAUUAUUAGAUGAGAUACGGUAUAACGCAGCCACUACUAAAUUAACGAAUCCAGAGACCAUUCAAUUAAAUUGUACACACCUCUGUUCAGCCUAAUUAGCGAAGCUAAGCCAAGUAGUUAAAAAGAAUCAUUCGAAUUCAAUGGAUCGACUAUUUUCUGCUAGAUACACGUCGUUUUGUUCAUUUGGACACUCGUUUCACCAAUAGUCAAAGCUAUAAAAAUACAUAUAUUUUCAAUCGAGGUCCAUUCUAUGAAAUUGAAGCUUUUGCUGUAAACAUAAGAGAAAAUUGUUUGUAGAAGAUAUUACACUGUAACUGUGUCUGUACAGGCCUUACACAGCAUUAGUAUACUGUAAACAAGAAGUUAUUAGAUCGUAAUGUAAUCAAAAUGACACUGAAACGUAGGCAGCUGCAAUCAAAUUUACUGUUAUUGAACUUCCUUUAUUCGAACACGAAAAGCGAAUUGAUAAGCUUCACGGCAUUAUCGUACCAAAUGUAUUCAGAAUCUGUUGUGGAUCAAUCACCGAUUUUUUUUUUAAAGAAAUUACUGAAUUGCAUUGAUCAUGGAUAUUAUAUUUUAGAUUUCGAAAGAGGAGACAUCGUUUGAUCAUCAAUUGAUUGCUUACUGCGACUAUCAAUGUAUCUCAGACUUCUUCUUUCGAAAAAGAAGCUACAAGGGACAACUCAUGCAACAGUUUGCUAACAAGGCAAUCUUUAGGUGUCUUUUUCGGAGGAACUCGUACGCUGUAUCUUUUUGAAAAGAGAACACGGUCAGAACACAGUUUUUGAAUAUUGUAGACUUAAACUCAUGCGUUGUCCCUUUAACGUUCAGUAUACGAAGACUCAAAUGGCUUCAAUUCUAUGGAUUUACAAUUAAUAUUUAUUUAGCGAUAACAUUACGUCAAUUUUUUUACUAGCGAAAAAUAUGUCACUGACGUUUUGAUAAUCAAGAAAUAUUCAAUAUUUCAUUUACGACAAAUAGGAGGGAUAUACUAUUAUACUUUAACCAUGGCGUUGUUCAGUCAGAUAACUUUAAGUAUAGAAAUGGACGAGUCGAUUUUGUACGUUUCUCGCUACGAAGAAUGCUUCAUUUGUUUAAGGUUUAUAUUUGCAAAUACUUGAACAAAUGAGACCGCGUGUUUUCAGUAUUCCACGUUGAUUUUAUUGAUACUUGAAUAUCAAAGAAUGCUGACGUCUGUGUACCAAAAUAAGCGGCCGCGAUCAUACGCGCGCGGACCGUGGUUAUUUAAUUGAUCGAUACUUCCCGUUAACAAUAAUUAUUACCAUACAGUUUUACUUGUACUGCCAUAACAGACAGUGACGCGAGGUAAUUAAGGGUAAGGCGCUUAAGAACGUUCUGUCGGUUUCAAUAUUUUUCUCGAGACGUUUGUACAGUUUGUCUAACAUAAAUGCGAGUGCAUUGUUAAGUUCAGACAGAUAGAAAGAUGUAAGAAUAAAUGUCAUGAUAGGUUUCAUUAACAUGACAGAAUGUCAUAUCCUAUGAAAAUGAAAUUGCAAACUGCAAUUGUUCAGAAAAAAAUUACUAAAUAAAUAUGAGAGAAGGUAUGUAUGUGUCUGUGCUACGUUGACAAACUGGCUAUGUAUGUAAAAUGUAUUUCUCAUGCUUCCACUCCGUACGAUCGAGUGGACACCUACCUAUAAACACUAAUGAAAUAUGUACAUUGAGGAACUUCAUAAAUUUUAAGCAUAUAAAUUGUAUAUGUUAUUAUAGGAAUGUAACGCAAUGUUAAAUGUAUCAAUCUAUUGUUAAAAUGUCAGAGUAAAAACUAUUCAAAAUAAAUCACGUACGAGAAAGGAAA